AAUAACAUAAAACUAUAGGAUUGAAAAUGCAAUACUAAUUUAAAAUCUUAUCAUACCUCAAUUGCAAAGGAUCUUGAAUUUUGAAUUCGAGCAAUUAGAAAGACUACGCUCAACAAGGACAAAGUAACAAGGUACAGGUAACAGGUAUGUUCGUGAACAGUGAAGCUUUAUACGAAGAAUUGUUAUCAUAAUUUCCUUUCGAUCUUUUGUACAUAUUUGUACUAAUUGAUGAAAGUGGCUCCAUUUUAUAGCUUGUAUUAAUUUAAGGGCCUUCUUAAAAAUCUUGAGGGAAAACAGACAAUUGUGGUUUCAUAGCUGCCAAAAUCCGUAUUCGAAAAAGUAUUACUACGCUUAAAUUAACUCUUUUCCUCUCAUGGACGUUACUUCUCUAAUUAAUGUUGUUCGGCGAGCUGAUGGCGAUGAGGAUGAUGAUCAAGAUCCAGCUUUGCAAGAACUGUAUUCAAGCUGGGCUUUAUUCAUUCUUCUUAUUCUCCUAAUUGGUGCACUUUUAACAAGUUAUUACGUUCAAUCAAAAAAAAUUCGAGCCAUUCAUGAAACGGUCAUUUCUGUCUUUGUCGGUAUGGUUGUCGGUUUGAUCAUUCGGGUUUCUCCUGGAUUGAUUAUUCAAAAUAUGGUUUCCUUUCAUUCUACGUAUUUUUUCAACGUCUUACUUCCGCCUAUUAUUCUCAAUUCGGGAUAUGAACUGCAUCAGUCGAAUUUCUUCCGAAAUAUUGGAACGAUUCUUACUUUUGCUUUUGCUGGAACAUUUAUAUCUGCCGUAACCUUGGGAAUUCUCGUCUAUAUAUUCUCAUUCUUAAAUUUUGAAAACUUUCACAUGUCCUUUGUAGAAGCACUCUCCAUGGGUGCUACUUUGUCGGCCACCGAUCCUGUCACCGUUCUUGCGAUUUUCAAUUCUUAUAAAGUAGAUCAAAAACUCUACACCAUUAUUUUUGGUGAGAGUAUCUUGAACGAUGCUGUUGCCAUUGUUAUGUUUGAAACAUUGCAAAAAUUUCAAGGAAAACAACUUCAUUUGUUUACCUUGUUUAAUGGCAUAACGAUCUUUAUAAUCACAUUUUUCGUUAGUCUAUUAAUCGGUGUUUCUAUUGGGCUUAUGACAGCUUUGCUUUUGAAAUACUCUUAUUUACGACGCUAUCCCAACAUAGAAUCGUGUAUUAUAUUGCUCAUGGCAUAUGCCUCUUACUUUUUUUCCAACGGAUGCCAUAUGUCUGGUGUUGUCUCACUGUUAUUUUGCGGAAUAACUUUGAAACAUUAUGCUUUUUACAACAUGUCCUACAAGGCAAAAUUGAGCACAAAAUAUGUAUUUCGGGUUUUGGCUCAGUUGUCAGAGAACUUUAUAUUUAUUUACUUGGGAAUGUCCUUAUUCACUCAGGUGGAUUUGGUUUACAAACCUAUAUUUAUUUUGAUAACUACGAUUGCGGUAACUGCUUCUAGGUAUAUGAACGUUUUUCCGUUGAGUAAAUUACUCAACAGAUUUCAUCGCCAAAAGGACAGAACUCUUGUAGACCAUAUCCCAUAUAGUUAUCAAAUGAUGCUUUUCUGGGCCGGUCUUCGUGGUGCAGUGGGUGUUGCUUUAGCCGCUGGAUUCGAAGGUGAGAACGCUCAGACACUUAAGGCUACAACACUUGUUGUUGUUGUACUUACACUUAUUAUUUUUGGUGGUACUACUUCUCGUAUGCUUGAGAUUUUAAAUAUUGAGACAGGUGUUGCUGCUGAUGUCGAUAGCGAUACUGAAUUUUCCAUGCUUCCAUGGCAAGGUACGGCUGAUUAUGAUUUAGAAAAUGGAGCUAUGGAGCUCUCCAAUGCGUCUCAUGAUUCUCCAGCUGCUGCCCCAAAUCUUCCAGUAAUGCCAGAUGAUUAUGAGAAUAUAGAGGUAUUCACUGAGGCUAGUCCUUCAAAGAAAAUCUCUAGUACUUUUGAGCAUUACCAAAAAGCUGCGGGGGCAUUUAAUCAAUUUUUCCACGCAUCUAGAGAUGAUCAAGCCCAGUGGUUUUCACGCUUCGACGAAGAGGUUAUUAAACCUGUUUUAUUGGAACGAGACGUUUCAAAAAGUAGUCCGAAAAAGUGAUAACUUCAUUGUCGUUCAUUUUUGUAGUAAUGCCAUAAUGAUUCUGAGAGUA